AUGAAUAAAUCAACGUUUCUAUCGGUAUUUAAUAAUCAAUCAUUAAGCAAGAGAAUAUUCAAUCAGGUUUCACUGUUGAGCGGUCAGGGUUCAAAGAGUUGGAAGUGGUGUGACGUUCUCAAACUACCACAUAUUCUUGCCUACUACAACUAUCUCCCACUGCUAAAGCAAUGUCUGGGAGCUAUCUACUAUCAUGAGUUCAUCUUUAGUGAGAUCAACAAGAUAUUCGUUCAUGCAAUGGCCGGUGGUUCAUUCGAAAUGGUAGAGUAUCUCAUCGAUUACUUCCAAGUGAAUCCGGUUUUGCAAUCCAAUGGAUUCUUCCUUAAUGAUCUACUUUGCUUUGCUGCGUCAUUCGGUCGAUUGGAUAUGGUCAAACAACUCACCGAGAAAUACGAUACCUACAAAUGGUUCUAUUUCAGUCCGAUGAUUGCUGCCCCAAAAUCUGGAAAUAUGGAACUGCUACAGUAUGUUGCCGCCAGAGUUGAGCCUGACGACGGAGAUGACGCUGAGAGAAGUGGCAAUGUCUUUAACUCUUGUGCAAGAUAUGAACGUAUCGAUAUGAUUGAAUGGUUGGUCGCCAACAGAUCAGAGGAUUUGGCAGAGAGUGACAUGUAUUAUCAUGCUAUACUGGGUUGCCAUCCCAAUGUCAUUCAAUAUCUACUACAACAUCACGCCGAUCGCUUAAAGAAAUAUGACCAUAGUCUAGUUGAGAUGGCUGCUCUCAAGAAUCAGUUUGAUACAUUGAAGAUUCUCGUUCGCUUGGGAUGCGCUCUUACUCCUUUGGUCAUGGACAAUGCAGCAAGCAUUGGAAACAUCGAGAUGUUGGAAUGGAUCCAUCAUAACACCACCACUGGAUGUUCAACUAGUGCUAUGGACAGUGCAGCAAGAAACAAUCAUUUACAAACCGUAAUAUGGCUGCAUGAGAAUAGAUUGGAAGGAUGCUCUACCUUGGCUAUAAAUGAUGCUGCUUCCAAAGGCAAUCUAGAGGUAAUCAAGUGGUUGAGUGAGAAUAGAAGUGAGGGUUGUACAACCACUGCGAUUGACAACGCCGCAGGUGCCGGUCAUUUGGAAACUGUUCAAUGGUUGAGUGCUAAUAGAACCGAAGGAUGCACUGCGCAGGCAUUAGGUCAAGCUGCAAUCAAUUCACACUUGGAAACCGUAAUGUGGUUGAGUGCCAAUAGAACCGAAGAAUGUCCAUUAGAUACUGCCACUGUCGUCGCCAAACAACCGAACGGAUUUGCCGUUCUGCGAUGGAUUCAUGAGAAUAGAACGGAACGUUGUAAACCAAAGAUUCUAAACAAUAUUGCCAAGCAAGGUUUCUUUGAAACUUUCAAAUAUCUUUAUAAUCUCGGUUUCUACAGAUGCUCCACUACAAAGUUGAUGGACAACGCCAGUACCUAUGGAAAUCUCAACAUUCUGAAAUGGCUCCACGAGAAUACCACCGAAUCAUGUACGACCUCUGCCAUUAAUUUCGCUGCCAGAGAAGGACAUCUCGAUUGCGUACAGUUUCUCAAUGUAAAUAGAAGUGAGGGAUGCACAGUCGAGGCAAUGAACAACGCUAUCGACGGUGGUUAUUUGGAGGUCGUCAAGUAUCUGAAUGACAAUAGAAGUGAAGGUUGCUCACCAAAUUCGCUAGAGAGAGCUGCUUCACACGGACAUCUUCACGUUUUGAAGUGGCUUAAACAGAAUAGAAGCGAAAGAUGCACACCAAUGGUAUACAUCUACGCUGUAAAGAAUGGUGAUGUUGAAAUGGUUAGAUGGAUCGCUGAGAAUAUCAAAGAAAUCGAUAUUCAAUCGAUUGACACUUUUUCCUACAUUGGUUUGAUUUUCCAUAUGGAUCACUUUGGUAUGGCAAAAUGGGUAUUCAGCAAUGUAGCUAUUCCCGACGAAACACUCAUCCAAUACAAGAAAGAUAUGACCAAACUCUAUCCAUAUGCCAAACGAACAAUAGAAGUCCUAGAUCAAUUCUUACCGGAAACACCAGAGAUUCCAAACAGUGCUUUGCCUUCAACUCGCAAGAGAGCUCUUCUUUUCAAGAACAAGAAAUAA